AUGCGGAGCACGAGUUCUCCCGAUGUCUGACGAAGACGAGGGGCUCCGUGUCUCCUCUUCCUCCACCUUCCCGCCCUCCGCUCCCGCUCCUGCAGGUCAGACUCUUCUCCGUAAGCCGCAGAGACCCCUAAGGCGGCGGGCAUCUGUACCACUUCCACGCACCGACACGCGUUCCAGAGACGCGUUUUCCCGGGAUCCGCUGGACUUGAUCGGGCGCUCGCCGGCGCGUCUCGGGCGAUGCUGCGCUGUGUCUCCAGUGCUCGACGGUCUCCAGAACCGCGGACAGCGGCGGACCUCGCCACACAGACCCGAUCAUGAGACGCACAGCCCGGAGGGGUUGAUCGAGACCCCGCACAGCUGCGCUUCACCGGUCACGUCAGAGGUCAUGCAUCGCAGGCACACCACCUUGCGAGAGAAGGGCCGUCGGCAAGCCAUCCGAGGCCCUGCCUACAUGUUCAACGAACGUGGUACCAGCCUCACGGCGGAGGAGGAACGUUUCCUCGAUGCAGCGGAGUACGGCAAUAUUCCCGUCGUUCGUAAGAUGCUGGACGAAUCCAAAACGCUUAACUUCAACUGCGUGGACUACAUGGGGCAAAACGCGCUGCAGUUAGCAGUCAGCAAUGAGCACCUGGAGGUCACAGAGCUUUUACUGAAGAAAGACGGGAUGGCGCGCAUUGGCGAUGCACUUCUUUUGGCAAUCAGCAAAGGUUACGUGCGAAUUGUGGAGGCCAUUUUGGCUCAUCCGGCGUUUGCAGGUGGUUUAAGGCUGACUUUGAGCCUGCUGGAGCAGGAACUGGGGGAUGACGACUUCUACGCCUAUGACGAGGACGGAACACGUUUUUCGCAUGACGUGACGCCGGUGAUUCUGGCCGCGCAUUGUCAGGAGUACGAGAUCGUACACAUCCUGCUGAUAAAGGGCGCCAGGAUCGAGCGGCCACAUGACUACUUCUGCAAGUGCUGUGAGUGCACGGAGAAACAGAAAUGCGACUCGUUCAGUCACUCUAGAUCACGCAUGAACGCAUACAAAGGGCUCGCUAGUGCCGCCUACCUGUCGCUGUCCAGUGAAGAUCCCGUACUGACGGCACUAGAGCUCAGCAAUGAGCUUGAACGACUUGCCAACAUAGAGACAGAGUUUAAGAAUGACUACAGGAAGUUGUCUAUGCAGUGUAAGGACUUUGUGGUAGGUGUUCUGGAUCUCUGUCGUGACACAGAGGAAGUAGAGGCCAUUCUGAAUGGUGAUGUGGACAAGAACCCGCCCACAGAACACCAGAGACCCUGUCUGAGCCGCAUCAAACUCGCCAUCAAAUAUGAAGUUAAAAAGUUUGUGGCUCAUCCGAACUGCCAGCAGCAGCUUCUGACGAUCUGGUAUGAGAACCUGUCAGGUUUGCGGCAGCAGUCCAUCGGGGUGAAGUGUUUGACGGUUCUAGGCGUCACUGUCGGAUUGCCUUUCCUCGCCAUCGCCUACUGGAUCAUGCCCUGCAGCAAGUUGGGUCAGAUAUUACGGAGUCCCUUUAUGAAGUUUGUCGCUCAUGCCGUGUCGUUCACCAUCUUUCUGGGCCUGCUGGUUCUGAAUGCGUCGGACAGAUUCGAGGGUGUGAAGAAUCUCCCCAAUGAGACGAUAACAGACCAUCCGCGGCAGGUGUUCCGCGUCAAGACCACGCAGUUCUCCUGGACCGAGCUGCUCAUCAUGAAAUGGGUUCUGGGCAUGAUCUGGUCAGAGUGUAAAGAGAUCUGGAUUGACGGGCCGCGUGAGUACGUGAUGCACCUGUGGAACGUUCUGGAUUUUGGGAUGCUGUCGAUCUUCGUGGCGUCCUUCACCGCUCGUUUCAUGGCGUUCCUCAAAGCGUCUAAAGCUCAGCUCUACGUCGACCUGCAUGUCCCCAACCGUGACAUCAGCAACGCAUCACUUCCUGCUGACAUUGCCUACUUCACAUAUGCGAGGAACAGGUGGAGGCCGUCGGAUCCUCAGCUGAUCUCGGAGGGUCUGUACUCCAUCGCUGUGGUCCUGAGCUUCUCUCGCAUCGCCUACAUCCUGCCAGCCAAUGAGAGCUUUGGCCCGCUGCAGAUCUCUCUUGGACGAACGGUGAAGGACAUCUUCAAGUUCAUGGUCAUCUUCAUCAUGGUUUUCGUGGCCUUUAUGAUCGGCAUGUUCAACCUGUACUCAUAUUACCUGGGAGCCAAAUAUAACCCCGCCUUCACCACGGUUGAGGAGAGCUUUAAGACUCUGUUCUGGUCUAUAUUCGGUCUGUCGGAGGUGAUUUCUGUGGUUCUGAAGUAUGAUCACAAGUUCAUCGAGAACAUCGGUUACGUUUUAUACGGGGUUUAUAACGUCACCAUGGUGGUGGUUCUUCUCAAUAUGCUGAUUGCAAUGAUCAACAACUCCUACCAGGAAAUUGAGGAAGACUCCGAUGUGGAGUGGAAGUUUGCUCGUGCUAAACUCUGGUUGUCAUAUUUCGAUGAGGGAAGGACACUGCCUGCCCCGUUUAACCUGGUGCCCACUCCAAAAUCUUUCUACUACCUGAUCAUCCAGGUCAAGUCCUGCCUUAUACGACUGUGUAAGGGCAAAGGUCAUCGGCAUGACAGCGAGUUGGAGAUGGGAAUGCUCAAUUCACGGCCGGAGACUGAUCGUCACCGAGCAAAUCUCAGGAGCCGAGAGGAGAACACCAUCAAGAAACCCAUCAAAAACCCCACAAGAUAUCAGAAGAUAAUGAAGCGCUUGAUUAAGCGAUAUGUUUUGAAGGCUCAGGUUGACAGAGAGAAUGAUGAAGUCAAUGAAGGUGAACUGAAGGAAAUAAAACAGGACAUCUCCAGUCUGCGCUACGAACUUCUGGAAGAGAAAUCUCAGGCCACUGGAGAACUGGCUGACCUCAUUCAACAACUCACUGACAAGUUCGGCAGGAACGCCAAGAAACAACCUUGAGAUUGACAGAAAGACGGAGAGAGAGAGAGAUAGUUUAGGAGCAGUAUCUGGACACUUAAAAAUGACUGAAUUUCAUUCAUUAGAUGCAUACAAAAGAUGCACAUGUACACUUAACAAGCCAAACAGCUGACAGACAGGUGUGUGGUUUGAGAUGAUAAAACAGUAGAUCUAGUGUUAAAAAUGAAGACCGACAAUAUGGUGUUUGUUUGUGGUUAGUGGAUGAUGGUGCUAGUUAAUGAGAUUAUCUAAAAUCUGUGUGAAUUCUACU